AUGAAUUUCCCAGGAACGACACCAACCCAGGCGACGCCUAUGGGUCUGGGUGGACUCGCCGGUGGCGGCAUGCAGGGCAUGACUGAACAGGAGCAAGCGAUGGUGAAAAUGAUGCAAUCGGGGAUGGAAUCGUGCCCGAUAAAAACCGUCAUCUCCGGUGGUAUGGGAUUUGGUCUUGGAGGUGUUUUCGGCUUGUUCAUGGCUAGUAUGUCCUACGACUCCACUUUCACACCGCAAGGCAAAGCCAUCGCCGACCUCCCGUGGCGCGAACAAGUCCGUCGCGGCUUCAAAGACAUGGGAUCGCGAUCUUGGUCGUCCGCGAAGAACUUUGGAAUCGUUGGUGCGCUUUACUCGGGUACGGAAUGCUGCAUUGAGGGGUUGCGCGCAAAGAACGACCUCACGAAUAGUGUGGCGGCUGGUUGUAUUACUGGUGGUAUUCUCGGUGCAAAGGCCGGCCCGCAGGCAGCGGCGGCGGGUUGUGUUGGUUUCGCAGCGUUUAGUGCCGCAAUCGAUGCUUAUAUGAGGAUGCCGUCGGAGGAGUAA